UCACCGGAUGUGGUAAGCAAACAGCGACAACUUCUCACUUUGUUUUAAGCCGUUUCUAUAGCGACAAAACGGGAAUGGUAAGGUUGCUCUAAUCGCUGUACCGAAGGAAGGAGACGUUGUGGGUUCAGAUGCAUUUAAUCCUGCAGAGAAAGAAGCCUCUGCAGACGGCAGCAUGUCGAAUGAUCUCGCCGGUGUGUGGGAGGUGGCGCUGAGUGAUGGAGUCCACAGGAUUGAGUUCGAGCACGGCACGACCACCGGAAAGCGGGUCAUCUACGUCGAUGGCAAGGAGAUAGUGAGACGGGACUGGAUGUUCAAACUUGUGGGGAAGGAGACAUUCAAUGUGGGCAAAUCGGAGACCAAAGCCACCAUCAACAUCGACGCGAUCAGUGGUUUUGCGUACGAGUACACCUUGGAGAUCGACGGGAAGAGCUUGAAGAAGUACAUGGAGAACAGAUCCAAGGUCACCAGCACCUGGGUUCUCAACUUGGACGGCAUAGACUCCAGGGUGGUCCUGGAGAAAGACACAAUGGAUAUUUGGUGUAACGGACAAAACAUCGAGACUGCGGGGGAGUUUGUGGACGAUGGAACUGAAACGCAUUUCACCCUGGGAGAGCACAACUGCUGCGUGAAGGCCGUAAGCAGCGGGAAGAGGCGAGACGGCAUCAUUCACACGCUGCUCGUUGACGGAACGGAGAUAGCCGAGUGCACGGAAUAACCGUGUGCAUGUGCGUUCACGUCUGUGUGAGAUCUGGUCGGCGCGUGGAGAGUAGGGUAGUAGGGUAGUGGGGUAGAGGAGAGUAGGGUAGUGGGAUAGGGUAGAGGAUAGUAGGGUAGUGGGAUAGGGUAGAGGAUAGUAGGGUAGUGGGAUAGGGUAGAGGAUAGUAGGGUAGUGGGAUAGGGUAGAGGAUAGUAGGGUAGUGGGAUAGGAGAGUUGGGUAGUGGGGUAGGGUAGAGGAGAGUAGGGUAGUGGGAUAGGGUAGAGGAGAGUAGGGUAGUAGGAUAUAGUAGAGGAGAGUAGGGUAGAGGAGAGUAGGGUAGUAGGAUAUAGUAGAGGAGAGUAGGGUAGUGGGAUGAGGUAGAGGAGAGUAGGGUAGUAGGAUAUAGUAGAGUAGGGUAGGGUAGUGGGGUAGGGUAGAUUAGGGUCCUUUUAAGGCUGUUGGGAGUCGAGGGGAUCCAACUGCACAGAAAUGUGAGCUGGUAUGUUUCCAUGGCAAUGGUUCUGGGGAUUCUGUAGGUGAAGUUAAAGGCCGGAUUUUGUCUCCCCAAAAGCAGGGAUUUAGCGUUUUUAAAAAUGUUUCUUAAACUCUGAAAACCUUUUUUUCAGGGGGGAGUUGCAAACUGUGAUUUGUUUUUUUUCUAAAUGUAUUAUAAUAGUUUCAUUAAUAUUAUCAGCAUCAGAGGCCAGAUGUGCCAUACGUUUCUAUCUCAAGGUGAGCAGGUGGAAGCCACACUGCUACAGAUAACAGUAAACACUCUCAGUGCUCAGCUGGCUCGCUUUGUAUAUUUUCCAAUAUUACGCAGUAGGAAGAAUGAAUACCAGGAAACAAAAUGACUGCUUGAAUGUAGCUCACGAUUGAUCUUUCUGUAGUCCUAGUUUGAUGUUAUAGAUGUUCUUUGUGUGACUGGUCCAGCUGGUUUAUAACGCAGUAUUACGUAAUCAGCUUUUAGCAGCAUACUAGGUGUUAUCGCCAGUAAUGAAUAAUCAGAGGUGUACAAAUACUUUGUUACCUUACUUAAGUAGAAACUUUGGGUAUACUUUACUGGAGUAUUUCAUUUUCAGAUGACUUUUUACUUCUACUCCUUACAUUUUCACGCAAAUAUCUGUACUUUCUUACAUUACAUUACAUUACAUUUAAAAAAUAGCCUCGUUACUCCCAUUUCAUUUUGGCUUGUUUUCCAGCUUGUCAUCGUCCAAAAACACACAUUAAAAAAACCUAUUCAGAUAAAUCGCGCCAUCCGGAUUGAGUGAAUUGUAUUGUGGUUGGAUGAGAAGUAUGAACAUUUACCAUCCAGACACCCUGUUGGUUUAUCAGCGAUCAAUGGGAAUCUUUCCGUGUGCGUACGUCCUCUGACUCGUGUCAUUUAGCCGUCACUAGAAAAUGGGUUCUGGUUUUCUUUGUUUAAGUCAUACAGCAUGCGGGUCGAUACAUUUGUCCCUCUGUUGUUGUAGCGUCACCGCUCUGAAUGUCGCCAUGUUUCCAUCAUCCGAGCGGCAGGUCACGUGAUCUGACGGCACCUUCCGGUCAUAUUGUAACGGACUGACAUGUUCUAUGAGCCAGGUUACACAUUAAGAGUUUGUCCUUAAUGGACAUUUAUUCCCCUUUACAAUACUUUUACUUUUUUACUUUAAGUAGCUUUGAUACCAGUACUUUUAUACUUUUACUUAAGUAAAAAGCUUGAGUUGAUACUUCUACAAAAGUAGUUUUGAAUCCUAGUAUCUAUACUUCUACUUGAGUAAUGAAUGGGAAUACUUUUGACACCUCUGUGAAUUAUACCCACAGUUGAAAUAAUCAUGAUUGCGAUCAAGAGAUGUGUGGGAUGCUAUUGUGCUGUCUAUUUAAUUUUUUUAUGUCACGGUCAGAUCAUGUGGUUCCUCAGAUGUUGAGCAUUUUUCUAAAAUCAUUGAGACAGAUUAAGCAUUUAAUGUUUUCCUGUGUUUGAAAUGCUUGUUUACUUUCUGAAGAGACGUUUACAGUCAAAAGUCAUUGAAAAGCUACUAAACGGUAAAAGUUAAUUAUUUCCUAGCUGGUCAAAAUUUAACUUCAAUGGAAGUUUUGAAUAUGUCCUUAAGUAUAUGAGGGACUUUCCUUUAUGUCCCUCCUAUUUCAUGUAUAAGAGCUUUAUGCUAAUACAUUAUUAUUUUAUUUUGUUUGCCGUUAAAAUCCUACAUGUUUGUAUUAUGUAUUUCAUUUUAUUAAAUCCUCGUAGCUGACCUUGUCA